AUGAUGGACACGCGCGUAGGCAGGCUCACGGUCCCGCCGGUGUCGCUGCCGGUCUUCCUCGUCGUCUUCAUCAUGGCCAUCGCGCCGCUAUACGACCACGCGAUCGUGCCCCUCGCACGUCGCGCGACGAGGAACAAGAUAGGCAUCACGCACCUGCAGAGGAUCGGGUUCGGGCUGGUGCUCUCGGUAGUAGCGAUGGCGGUGGCGGCGGUGGUGGAGGCGAAGCGGAAGUGGGUGACAAUGCAGGUGGUGGAGGCGAAGCGGAAGCGGGUGGCGAGGCAGCGAGGCGUCGGCGACGAUGCGGUCGCUGGCGACGUCACUAUCAUGGGCGUGACGCUGGCACUAGGAUACUACCUGAGCUCGGUGCUGGUGUCGAUGGUGAACCGGCCGACGCGCGGCGGAGGGCGCGGGGGGUGGCUGUCGGGGGACAGCCUCAACCAGUACCAUCUCUCCCAUAGGGUCAGCCUAUGCCUUCUCUCCCAUAGGGUCGCGCGACACCGUGUCGUCGCGAUGUAG